AUGGGUCCUGGUGUGGGAAAACGGGUCCUGCGAGAGACUCGUUUCACACCGCUUGGCGGUGCCAGACCUGGCUGCAGGGCACUGAGAGCGACUCCUGGCCGUGCUGCAGUGACACCCGCUCAGCGCAGUGCCACAUGCCGCGGUGCUUGCUGCGAUGCUUGGCAUGGUGCAUGCCGUGGUGCAUGCCACAGUGCUUGCUGCCAUGCAUGCUGCAGUGCAUGUUGUGGUGCUUGCUGCAGUGCACGCCACAGUGCUUGCUGCGGUGCAUGCCAUGGUGUGUGCCAUGGUGCAUGUUGCCGUGCAUGCUGUAGUGCAUGCUGUGGUGCUUGCUGCUGCAGUGUGUGCCAUUGUGCAUGCCACAGUGCGUGCUGCAGUGCACACUGUGAUGCUUGCUGUGGUGCAUGCCACGGUGCUUGCUGCCAUGCAUGUUGUGGUGCAUGCUGUUGUGCAUGCUGCGGUGCGUGCCAUGGUGCAUGCCAUGGUGCAUGCCAUGGUGUGUGCUGCAGUGCACUGUGUGAUGCAUACCACUGCGCAUGCUGCACAGCAUGCCAUGGUGCGUGGCGCUGUGUGCGCCAUGGUGCAUGUCGCGGUGCAUGUCACGGUGCAUGCUGUGGUGCAUGCCAUGCUGCUGCGCACGGUGGCACUGCUCGACUGCCCGACGCCCUCUUCUCUCCCGCCAGCUCACCCAAAGCGGGCGCCCGGGUGUCCCCAGCGAGAGCGCUGGGCGUCCCUGGGCUGUGGGGCCAAG